AUGAAAGACCUUGAAAAAUCCACACAUAUACUCACAAACACAGAUGCACGCAAAACACACACACAAACAUGCGCACACAUACGCACCGUGCCAUCAACACGCAUUUUCAACCAUCAUACCCAUUUGGCCCGAUCGUCAACAAGCCGUCGGUCGAAGCACGGCCGAACACUUCAGUACAGUCCAGUGCGCGGCGGUUCAAAGUCCUGGCGGCACUUGUCACCCGUCGGCCAAGCAUCACAGUCUCCUCUGCUACACAGCCCUCAAGUAACUUGGCUUCCUGUGCUAUCGCAUGAAAAAAUACGUGAAAAUAUAAGAUAUCCAGUGAAAUGUGCAUUAUGUAACAGAGUUUAUGAACGAUAUUAUAUGGCUGCUCACGAGCGCACUCACACCGGCGAGCAGCCUUUCCAGUGUCCGAUCUGUCCUAGACGUUUCUCAGAGAAAGGUAGCAUGAAAAUGCAUGUGGUGCGUAUGCAUGGGAUCAGCGAUCCACAUGAACUGGAACUUCUGACAGAGCCAGCCAUUAUGGAACCCCAGCAUCCAUAA